AUGCAUAGUAGAAUCAAGAAAGUAUUCACUUCCCUUAGGGAACACACAUGUGUUAGCUAUGCAAAAUUUGCAACCAUUGGAGGUUUUUGUGACCUUGAUCACAUUGUUGUCAAAGCCACUUCCCCUGAUGACACACCAUUGCCUGAUCGAUAUGUACUGGAAAUCCUCCAAAUAUUUUCCAUUUGUCCGUCUUCUUUUGGUCCAUUCGCGUUGUCUUUUAGUCAACGUUUUGCCAACACAAGAUGCUGGAGAGUCGCGUUGAAAUGCCUCCACCUCCUCCAUCGGCUCCUUAAGGCAUUGCCUCAUACUAGCCCUUUUCGCGAAGAACUCAUGUUGGCAAGAUCAAAUGGUUUGAUGUCUCUCUACCCUUGUAACUUCAAGGAUAGGUCUUCCUCUGCCUCUCAAGAUUACACCUAUUUCAUUUGGUCAUAUGCACGUUUGCUCGAUGAAUCCCUCGAUUGUUGUGCCACUCAAGGAAAAGAAAUCGACGAUUACCACUCAACUAGUCAUGAAAUCUUUAUUGACAGGAUGGAUGAAGUAAGGCUAAUGUUAGAAUUCUUGCCUCAAUUACAAAGCCUAAUAGACAGAGUCAUAGACUGCAGGCCAACAGGGCAAGCAACACGUAACACUAUAGUUCAAUCAGUCAUGAAACAUGUAAUUCGCGAUAGCUUCACGUGUUACACUACUUUCAGGAAAGAGCUUGUUGAGAUACUAGAUCAUCUCAUACAAUUACCAUACAUAAAUUGUACUGCAGCAUUUGAGAUUUACAAGAAAGCAGCAAGUCAAGCAAAUGAACUUAGUGAAUUUUAUGAUUGGUGCAAGUCUUUAGGACUUUGUGGCAUGUAUGAGUGUCCAUUCAUUGACAAAAUCCCACAAAUCCAAAUCACAGCUCUUGAGAGCUUCCUCAAUGGAAUGUGGCAGCAAUCGACAGAUGAUCCGUCCUCUUCAACAUCCGUUUCCUCUCUAUCAUCCAACGAAAAUGGCAACGAUUGUAAACAGAAACAGGCUAUGAUGUUGCUUGGACCCUCUAUAAAUGUUGUUGCAUCUGUGUCAGAUAAUCCAAAAAUGCAUGAUGGCAAUAUUGAUGAUAGUGAAGAGUCCGAGCAACAUAAGAAACAGAAGAGACAAUCAAGAUUUGAUAGUGAAAUGCAGCCUUUGAUACAACUUGAAGAUGACAAUCAAGAUUGGGAGACUCUUUUAGAUGCUUCUGUUUCAUUUCAAAGCACAGCUUCAAGAAAUAAUUUUUACCUACAAAACAAUGAACGGGAAAUACAAGUGUAUCAGCCAAAUAGUGGAAUGUAUCCAACUAACUCCAUCUAUCACUGA